ACACAAAGAACAAUCCGUCCUCCGAGAUAAAUGCCAGAGUUUCCUCCAUCCAAGUUUCACACCGUCUCUUCGUGAAUAUUCUGGCUGGACGAGUACAGCUCUGAACAUGGUCUUCAUCAGGAUUCAGGAGAAGCAAAAUUAAGAAGAGGCAGCAGGUGUGGGGGAGAUCUGACGAGGUGUGUGGGCUCGUAGCGUGACACAGAGCGGGAGAUGAGGACCAUUCUUCCUGUGUGUGGAGGCGGUGAUGGAGGGGAGUCCCGCGGCCUCCGCAGCAGGGUGGGCAGGAUGAAGAGGCUGCUGUGGCUCAGGCCGAGUCACUGUGUGGACGUCCACAUGGACACGGAGCCCGGCGUGUGGCUGACAAGCUUCCAGUUGUUGGACACUGAUGGACAGUGUGAGGACCCAGUGCAGGAGUGGGGGGAGGAGGAGGAGGACGGGGCUGUGUUUGGUAUCACGCUGCGCAGGGAGCCCGUCCUGCCGGCCUCAGACACGGCAGAGCCCCCUACAGCCUUCAGCUUCGUCCAGUACCACACGGUGAAGGUGCGCAGGCUGAAGGCUGCCACCCUGGAGCGUUUGGUCACCCACCUGCUGGACCCCGAGCACCAGGAGCCCGACUACAUCCGUAUCUUCCUCUCCACCUACAGAGCCUUCACCUCCACCAGCACACUCAUCGAGCUGCUGUUUCAGAGAGAGGACUCCAUUGCCAACCUGGAUAACACGGUCUGCCCACGCAGUACCUUACCCCCGGUGAUCCGGCUGUGGCUGGAGGAGUACAGUGAAGACUUCCACGAGCCCCCUCAGUACCAGGCCCUGCGACUGUUGUGUGUCCACUUGCGGCAUCGCCUCUGCUUCAGACGAUUGGCUCAGACUGCCGAGACCCUCCUCAAAAGGCUCCAGGAACAAGAUUGCAGCCAGUCUGCGUCAAAGCACAGCAGUAAAUCAUUGCACCAGGAGCACAGAGACCAGGAGCACAGAGACCAGGAGCACAGAGACCAGGAGCACGGAGGAGAGUUGUCCACUAAGGAGGAAGACAAAAACAACUUUAUGGACUUUCCUGUGAGAGAAGUGGCAGAGCAGCUGACCAGAUUGGACGCUGAGCUGUUUGUCAGAGCGGUGCCCUUCCACUGCCUGGGCUGCGUCUGGUCCCAGCGUGACAAGAAGGAAAACCGAAACCUGGCGCCCACCGUCCGCGCCACCAUCUCCCAGUUCAACGCCGUUACUAACCGUGUCAUCACCUCACUCCUCUGCCCGUCCUUUCCCAGCCCUUCCACUUCCUCUCCCAUCUCAUCACCCAGCUCCUCCUCUACCUUCCUGUACCCCUCCACUGCCCCGAGCUCACCUCACUGCGCUCACACCAGCCCCGCCCACAGAGCACGCAUCAUUGAGAGGUGGAUCGCUAUUGCUCAGGAGUGCAGACAGAUGAAGAAUUUCUCCUCUUUGAGAGCCAUCCUUUCAGCUCUGCAGUCCAACGCUGUGUAUCGCCUCAAGAAGACCUGGGCUGCUGUCAGCAGCGAUAGCAUCGCCACCUUUGACAACUUGUGGGAGACUUUUCCUGAUGAGAACUGUGUGCUAACCAGCAGAGAGAUCUUGGUGGAGGAUGGGAGUCAUCCAGAUGGCAGUGCCACCCUCGGCUCCAAAUCACCCCGACUCUGUUCAGCGUCCAGACAGAUGAACUUCAGCAGUGGUGUUGUGCCAUACCUCGGCACUUACCUGACUGUCCUCACCAUGCUGGAUACAGCACUGACUGACACUGUGGAGGGUGGACUCAUUAACUUUGAGAAGCGCAGACGGGAGUUUGAGAUUCUCUCUCAGAUCCGGCAGCUUCAGGCCUCCUGUUCCCACUACAGCCUCCCAGUCAACCCUCACAUCACCACCUGGCUGCAGGCGCACACACUGCUCACAGACCAGGAGAGCUAUGAGCUGUCUCGUGACUUGGAGCCUCCAGUUGACCCAUGUCCCAGUUCUCCCAACUCAUGGAGCAGUCGCCUGCUUACUAAGAAGCUCGCCUCGUUGCGAAUAGCCAGUGACAGCUCCCUAAGGAAGACCCAUGCUGACCAGAUCAGUGUGUCGUCUUCUGGCUCCAGCAGCUCGGAAAUGGAGGAACUCUCCGCCCCUCAGCCCUCCCCCCUCAGACUCAAACUCAAGUCUCUCUCAGGCUCUCUUCACAAUGUUGCAGGGGAUUUCUCCUCCAGCUCCAUGUCCUCCUCCUCUCCCAGUCUUUCCAGCUCCUCCUUCAGCUCCUCACAUCCGGACCUCAGCUCUUCUUCUCUGGUUCUGAACCCCGAGUCGUCAUCGUCCGGCUGCUCUCCUCAGGCCGCGCUGCCCGUCUACAACAAACAGGUUGCUGACUCGUGUAUCAUCAGGGUCAGCGUCGAGUGUGUCAGCAAUGGAAACGUCUACAAGAGCAUACUGCUGACCAGUCAGGACCACACGCCGCAGGUGAUUCAGAGGGCUCUUGAAAAACACAACAUGGAGGAUGUCAGCUGCCAUGAUUUCAGCCUCUGCCAGAUGCUCAACAAUGGGAAAGAGCUCCAGAUCCCAGACAAAGCUAAUGUAUUUUAUGCCAUGAGCACCUCCGCCAACUAUGACUUUGUGCUGCAUCAGCGCUGGAGGAGCCACGCUAGACAUCUCGGAUCCUCUUCCAGUCCUGGAGCUCAACCCAAGAGCCGCCACGCCAAGUGAAAAGCAUCUGUCCUGGCAGAAUGUCAGGAGUGUCCUUCUAGAAGACAGAGUAGCUGCUCAUCUGCUACAACGGCCCAACAGCACAUCUGUGGCCAUUUGAGAAGUUGUCACUGUGCAGCAGAUAUGAGCCACUCCACCACAGAGAUUCCCUGGGAAACCAGAGAGUUUCGACUGAAAAAUAAACUUGUGGAGCUCUCAGCCUUCACUGGGAGCAACACUGAUGUGGUAUACCAAGAAUUAUUUUGGACUGUUUAAAGAGAGAUGCAAGAAGAGAGAAAUGUUAAAGUAUAUAGAAGAAAGACACCAAGAAGAAAGAGCAAAAUAAAACAGGACUUUGUGGAAGAACUUAGGAUUUUGGAAUCUCAUAUUGUUCGCCAUCAUCUUAAACAUUGACAUCUUUUGGAUAAACGAACCACAACUUACCCAGGACCUUUUUUUCCUAUGAUAAUACACACUUGUUUCAUUGCACAUUACAUUGUGGAUUAUUGCACAUCAUACACUGAACAGCACUAGAGGUUUCACUGCAGCUAAAUACAGACAUCAGGAGCAGCUGCUCUGGGAAACAGCCACGAGUCGUGUUUCUACAGGAGGAAAUCGGGCCGUUGUUGUCUGGGACUGGUACAGCAGAUGUGGGAUGUUUCAUUCAGCCUGUGUGGCUGAAUGACUGACUCCUUUUUAACUACACAAAGCUAUGUGACUAAGUCGGGAUGCUCACUGUCAGAUGAUGAGUAAGCAUUCCCAUAACAGAUCUGGGUCAAAUGUGAAAUCAGUCUGAUUGUUGAACACUGAGACUUAAACCAAAUGGUGUUUGAAACACCGUUUGGACCCAGGCCUGUUACUCCUCUGAGAGUCGUUAGUAAGUAUUCAGUUGUCUUCUAGUUGAGGAUUUAAAUGUUUUAAUGCAACUUAAUGUAAUUUUAUCAAUUUAAAUUAUUUAUGUAUCCCAGUAUUCAGCUUUUAGGGCAACGUGGCACGAUGAAAAUGUGUUAAUUUGUGUUUGUUUUUCGUCUUCAUUUUAGAUCCUGUCUUUAAUGCUAUACUGUCUUUUAGACAUAAAUGUACCUAAAUUGCUUCAGUAUCUACUUAGCUCAACUUAAGUUUAUUAUUUUCAAUGAAGAAAGCUGACUUUUUACUGUCUGCUGUUAAAUAAUAAAUUAAGGAUUUAUUGUAUGUGAGCAUGUUACAAAUGCAUUUAUAUCAAAAGGUAUCUCUUUUGUGUUUUCCUCCCUGAUAAUGAAGUCUGUGAUUCAAGUGAGAUUGCUCCUGACUGCAGUCUCUAAUCUAGGGCAAUUAAAGAAAUAAAACAGGCCUUCUACAAUGAGUGGCAUAUAGCUCACUCCACCUGUGUUACGCUGUGGAGGAUUGAUCUGAAGAAUGGUUCAUGUAUGUGAAAAUGAAGUGUCCCAGUAAGUGAAUUUGAUUUGACAUAUAAGAUCAACUCAGAAAUGUGAAAUCCUACACAAAACCCUGAGGCAGCUUUCUGCAAGUAUUAAAAGUGAAAAACUUUUUCAAGUCAAUUUUUAUUUGUUGUUGGCCGUUGGAUGAUGCACACAGAGGGGUUCACACCCCUGUUUAAAAUUAACAAAAACACUGGUGAAGUUUUUUGCAGGAUUUUGCGUCUCUGGGUGCAGCUUCAGUGCUGCGUGGUUUGUUAAAGUCAGGUGAGAGGUUGGUAAGAAAGGUCUGGCAGCUGCAAUAUACAGUAUAAAGGAUUCUUCAGUGUGACUUGUGCUGUGUCUGUCUGUCUUGUCUGUGUGUUUGACAACUGUAUUGUUAGUAUGCUUUCAUGUUUAUUCUCCUUUAUUUUGCAUUUGAAAUGUCAGUGAAGUUGUCAACAUUACUGUAUGCAAGUUGUAAUUUAAGCCUACUUGUCUUUGUGCUACUAUUUUAUUUCAACAGAUUCUUUAUUUUUAAAAUUAAAUUUAAGCACUAGCUGGUUAUAGUUAGUAUUAAAUGUCCACCAAUAAAGACAAUUUAUUAUU